GUUUGUUUUGGUCGGCAGCUUUCUACUAAUCGGAGUACGGAAAAGCUGACUCCUCAGUCCACCACUACACCUACCUCGAAAGACAAACAACAGCAAAUACAUAACCCAAAUUACAUUGCAAUCGAGAUCUCUGUUCCCUCUUCCUUCUCUCCUUUUUUUUUUAAACGUUUUCUUCUUUGGGGACUGCUCGCAAACACAUGGAAUGCACUUUUUGACUGAUAUGAGCGUGAAAUUAUCAUCGGCGAAGAGAGAAAUGGAGAGAGCAGAGCUGGAGCUGGAGAGGCGGAGCAAGUUCCUUAGCAGUUUGAUACAGAAGAAGAAAUCUGUGGAGGAACAAGAUCACCGUGAUAGCCUCAAUGUCCGAGUCAGGGCCUCUGACAUGCCCAUCACUCUGCAAAACCGCGCCUUUCGGUCUGCGCGGGAACACCUCGACGCCAUGCCCGGGAAGCUCGACAGCAAAGGCCUCGCUCUCGCACUUAAAAAGGAUUUCGAUUCAUCGUAUGGUCCGGCUUGGCACUGCAUUGUUGGAACUAGCUUCGGUUCGUACGUGACACAUUCCACUGGCGGCUUCUUGUAUUUUUCGAUCGACAAGGUUUACGUUCUUCUCUUCAAAACAGCCGUCGAGCCUUUGGACCAUUGACAACGUCCGUCAAUUUUUUAUUUAUCGUUGCUCGUACGUGUGACGAUAUUAUGAUUUUCCGCUGUAUACUAAAAGCACUAAUGAGUUGUAUUUUCUCAUGAGGAGUUGCAGACACUCUGUGUUCCGUGUACGUGAAAUAUUCGUUUCAUCUGUUGCAGUGAAAACGUUGUAAAUUCAUGUCAUGUUAUCAAUGUAUUGCAAAAACCUGCUCAUCAGUUGUAAUCUCAAAAACCCAAUUCGUAACA